AUGGAGUGGGUUCAGAUUUCUAAAGAAAAUGGAGUACUUGCAGUUUCAAAUAUUGAGUACUAUUAUUAUUCCAAUUUUAUAAUAGAUGUAACGAGCUCCAUGUUCGAGUACGUGUUCGAACAUUUUAACUCUACUUUUUAUGGUUAUGUAAAUGCUGAUAUUCUUCUAGACAACACCUUGAUCAGGACUCUUCAAAGUGUUGAGGCUGAUCAAACACUUGGAGACCGUCUCUAUGUAGUGGGUCAAAGGACCAAUGUUCAGCAAUCACUGACUGAUAUAUACCACAAGGGGGGAACGGAAUCUCCUUCUGAGUUUGUUAUUCGUAUGCUUCUAAAAGGGCAUCGGUAUUGGGACUCUGCAGUUGAUUUUCACAUCGUUACCAAAUCUACAUGGAACUGGUCUGAGAUGCCCAAGUUUGUGAUUGGCCGAUCGGGAUAUGAUCUGUUUUUAGUCCAGGCUGCCUAUCUUGAUAGCUCUAUCCACAUGAUUGAUGUUACAAAUUCGGUUCAUUGCGCUCAUAUGCUGAGUUCCGACGGAAACCGGUCUGGAAUCAAAAGAAAGACUCCUGAUAAUAAUUGGAAUACCAAAAUACUGCAAUCUCUUCCAGGUGGAUGCUGCGAGUACAAGUCAUUUGGGAAGCUUGCAAACUAUCAUUCUGUACAGUUAGGUUCCUCGAUAUGCAUAGCCAAUCAUGGAUUUGAGGGAUAUUAUGAUGACUCAUACUAUGAUACAGAGAAGGAGUUUAUCCGAAAGGCCAUGGAUGGCUCUAUCGCCAUUAGCGAAAAGGAUGUUUUGGGAUUAUUGCUGCCUGGACAUACCAUUGUAGAAGGACAUAUCAUCGUUUCCUGGGCUGCGGGGUGA